UUAAUUACACGCCAUCUUUUUGGUACGUUUCUUCAGAAUUGGAAUUUAAAACAUAAAGCACGUCAAUGUUUUAUGAUUCAUAAAGUAUUUUAAAUAUGGACGACACUAAAGAAGAAGGAGAACUCUCAGAUGAUGAUGAAGUCGAUACCCACCCUCUGAACAAUACCGAAAACACGAAGUCUUACAGAAGUCCGUAUGAUGACCAGGCAAAAUUUCACCAACAACCAGAAAAUUAUAGACAUCCAGUGCGCGAUAACUGGUCCACAAAUAUGCCUCGUUCAAUUCACACAAAUCCCCAUUCACGAUCUCAUUAUUAUAAUGAUUACACGACUCGCGGUGCAGCCCCUCCCCGACCACUUCGGUAUGACAGAAUAAGAAUAAGCCCACAGGAGCAUCCAGUUCAUAUGCCAGUCAGAGACAGAAGAGAUUUCAGGCAUUACGGAGAAAGAAUUAAGAAGUCCUCUGUACAGAAUGAAACCACUAUUGAAAAUCAAAAUCAAAAUAACGAUUCUCAACGUCGAUGUGCACCAAAUACAUCUCCUGGAUUUUGGGAGAAAAGGAAAUUAAGAAAUGCCAAAAUAGAUAAAAAUAGUAAAGAAUAUAAAGAAACAGUAGAAAAAUAUAAAUCAGAACUUAAAGGUGUUGAAGACAGGAUAAAAAUGCUAGAAUACAAAGACAAGACAAAUCAAGAGAAACAAGGGUCGCUAAAAACUACAGAAAUGGAGAAUAAAGGAGAGAAUGAAAAUGCAGACAAAAAUAUUAGUAGUGAGAACUUGACUGAGGCAACUGAAGUGGAAGGUGAAACUGAAAAUCCAAAUUUGCUUGAAUCAGUUAAAGUUAGAAUUGAUGAAAGUAUAGAAAUAUUGAACAUAUCAGAGGAAAAAGUUGAACCAGACGCUGACAGUGAGGAAAACACAGAAGAGGAUAAAGAUGUUAUGAUCAUCGAACCUCCACCACCAGAGGUCAUUGUGUUAGAUGAUGAUGUCACUGAAGAUCAAGGUCAAGAUAAUGUCACUGAAGGUCAUUGUCAAGAUAAUGUCACAGAAGUUCAAGGCCAAUAUGAUGUCUCUGAAGGACAGGAUCAUGAUGCUGUAGAAGAACAGGUUGCAGAAGAUGCAGACUCUGAGCAAAAAGUUUUGGCAGAUGAUGAGAUCCAAACAGAGGAUGAAGAAGAUUUAGACGAGUUAGAGUUGAGGAGAAUAGCUUUGGCAUCAUCACUAUCACAGACAGAAAAGUUACAGGUUCAAAAUGAAGAGGUGAAAAGAAAAAAAUCUUUAUCAAAAUCACCUAAGAAAAGACCAGAAAAUAGAAGAGAUGCUACACAGAGACCUGCAAGAUCACGAUAUCAGUCACGGAGAGUCGUUAAUCAAAUAUCACGUAGGCGCUCUAAUGAGAGACGAAAGAAAAAAGAAAAUGAAGAAGUUGAUAGAAGAAGAUAUGGUGACGAGAGAAGAGACCAUCAGAGACGAGAUCGUGAAAUCCAAAAAAUUCUUACAAUAGACGAUCCUAAGGAACAAGUUCGACGUUUCUUGUUGAUGUUAGGUGAUCAGAAAGCGUUAGAUAGUAUUGACUUGGCUGGAUACAGAAGGGAGUCCACUAAGAGAAAAAGAGUUGAUAGCAAUGAAGGACAGGUUGUACCUCCAGUGUUACAGGAUAAUUAUGAACCAGUAGAAAUGGAUAUAGACAGUAACCCAGGCUCUCCAUUAGAUAUUGGACAAGGAAUGGAAGAUUUGCAAGUGGACCAAGAAUUCUUUAAUUUUCCACAGCAGUCUCUAAUGGUACCGAGUUAUUAUAUACCAGAUCCCUCCUUUCAAACAUAUGGAUGGAUGGACCACAAUAGACAGAUUCCGUUCCUGGAGACCGCUCCUGUGAUGCCUAUGGAACCCCAACCACCCCCACUGCCGCCACCUUUGCCAUCAGACUGGCCACCACCACCGCCGCCACCAGAGGAACCUCCACCACUACCACCAGAAGAAUUCCCACCACUGCCACCAGAGCCUCCACCAGGGUAUCUACUACCUCCACCCCCACCACCUGGGCUUCCAAUACCCCCACCCCCACCAGAAGAAGAAGAUGAAGUGGCUGAUGAUGAGGAGGCACUAUUAAGGGCCAAGCUGUUACAGUCCAUGGCUAACAGGAAAAUACAGAUGGUUAGAGCAAUGAAUGAAGACUCAUUAGGCACAAUGUCAGGAAGGUCUUCCCCAUCAACACCACAUGCCCAAUCACCAAACCCACGAGUCCAGUCACCAAGCCCACGGGUUCAGUCACCAGUACCAAGUGAUGUUGUCAAACCAAGAACAGUUGAGAUUACAAGGAUAAAGGUACCAAUACAUAAACCAAUCAUAAUAAAUCCUAAUGAAGAUACCUCUAGUGAGGAGGAGGAAGAAGAGGAAGAAGAACAGGAGGCCUAUGAACCAGGACAAGACCCUUAUGAAGCAUCAUUUGUAGCUCAAGGUCAGAUGACAGGGGUCUCUCUAGUACAGCCUCAACGAAAACCACAAUUUCAGGCCAGUGAUUUUAUUGGAGGUUUAGAUUCAUUUCUAAAGGAAGCAAGGAGAAAUUCUGAGCUUCAGGAGUUUAAGAGCCAAAAUAAUAGAAUGCAGGUAGAUCCAAAGACAGUAACCAGAGAAAUUCAGAAAAAGAUGAAUCCCAAACCAGUUAGCAGAGAAAUUCAGAAAAAGAUAGACCCAAAACCAGGGGGCAAAGAAAUUCAGAAAAAAGUUGAUCCAAAAGCAACCAACAGAGAAAUCAAGAAACUGAGUCCAAAACCAGAUGGUAGAGACAUACAAUUUGUUGAUCCUAUGCAAUCAGAGAAAACCAUAAUUAAACAGUUUGAAGAUGAUAUUGUUAAACAGAGAUCUGAAAUCAUAAAAGAGCAAGGCCAAUUUAAAGUGUUGCUUGGUAACACAGCCAAAUUCCAGAAACAUAUGAAACAGUCCCAAGAGAAAGUAGAUAUGUUGAAGCAGCAAUUAUCUAAAGCCGAUAACUUGUUGACUUUCUUUAAAGAACACUUUGAAAAGAAUAGACAACAAGCAAGACAGUUUAAAGAACAGGUUCAGAAGAAGAUGACAAUUUUCAAAGAGAAAGAAAAACUAUUAAUGGCAAUGGGUCAAAGGGUGUAUGGAGUAUCAUACAAACCACGAUCAGUAGUGGCUAAAGCAGGUGGCAAAAAUAGAGUGGCUGAUCUUUCUGUAACUGUUAUAAAUGAUAAUGCAGCAAAAGUAAAAGGCAAAGAAAAUAUAAACUCUAGAUCUGAUAAAUCUAAUAAGGAUUCAUUAGUGAAGGAAAAAGAACGUUUAAAAAAGAUGGCUGAUGACUACAGUAGAAAAAUUCAGGAUCUUAAAGAUUUACAAGCAAAACGUGAUCAGUUAAUUAAGGAAAGUAGGUCACCAGUGAAAAAGAAAGCUAAGAUUCCUAGACUAGAGAAAAUUGAACUGGACUCUAAUGUUCCGGAUGAUAUUGUGAUACGACCAAAUAAGCGACGACUGUCUCUUAGGGAAAUUAAUCCAAGCAAUAAACCUAAUAUUGAAAAUAGUGGUGCUAAUAACGUUUCUGUGUUAAAUAAGACGCUGUCAGAGAAUCAGUGCAAAGGUGCCGGAGAUAUUAAGCCAAAGUCUAGUCCAGAAAAUAUCAGUCAAUUAGGUGUUUUACAACUGAGGAAGUUAAAAACAUUGCAGAUUGAAAAUGUAGAGAAAUUCCUUAGUAAUCUUGAUCUUCCAGAUUUAUCAUCACCAUCUAGUCAUCCGUUGUUGAUUCCACAGUACAAUCAAAUUUCCUCUUUCACAGAACAUCAUAUUUUAUCUAGAAUGAAAUCCACACAUUCUUCAUCACCUAGUCCAAAGUUAAAAUAUAGGAGUCCCUUACUACACUUUAAGUCAUACAGGUUCAGUCCUUAUUUUAGAAUCAAAGAGAAAAUGUCAUUAUCCUCACCAACAGUAGCCAACAAAAUUAAUCCAAAGAAAAUGUUGUGUAGAUUUGAUAUACUGGGUACAUGUCAUGACGAAGAAUGUGCAGGGCAACAUCAGUCCAACUAUCAGAUGUCACAAGACGAAAUACUACAAGACAUUUUAUCCUACUGUCCAGCUGUAGCAGAUAUAGAUAAAGAUACAAAUCCUAUCCAUUAUCAAGCAGAAAUAGGUCGUUACGUAACACAGGUUAGAAAACAGUAUGAAGGGAUGUUCACUAUAGACAGGUUAUUUGUACUAAUGGCCAGUCAGGUUAAUGAGAAAGGUGCACAUAUAAAACCUCAUAUGAUGUUUUACAAGCCAAGGAAAUGGAAACCUUCCCAGAAAGAUUUGCUAGCUAACAAACCAGACUUUAUACAUAAAGGCUUGGAAGUCGAUAAACUUGAAUGGAAGAAGCCAUUGGAUUUCCAGGAUCUAGACAAUGUGAUAAGUGACCAAGACAUGAGAUAUUUUGUUAUGUCAGACACGGCUAACAUACAGGAUUUAGAAUCAUCAGUGUUAGAUUCUCCAGAAGAUGAAGAACUGUGGCUUAAAUUAGCUUACAAAAAAUUACAUGAUCCUCAAAGCCAAGAAGAAGCUAAUCUAGACAAUGCAUUAAAUGUUCUAGCUAGAGGACUAGAGGAAAAUAAAUGUAGUUGUGAUUUGUGGAAACAUUAUUUGAAGUUAUAUAGUAGACAUAAGGAGAGUUCAGACUUAGUAGAACUUUGUGCUACAGCCUUACAGUACGCUCAGCAUUAUGAUAUCUGGUGGCAGUAUAUGAAUGCUUCCAGUUCUAUAGUAGAUAAACAAACUAUCUGUGAUAUGAUUUUGAGCUUCCUGCAAUCCCAAGAGUCUCUACUACCAGAGGAGAUGUCACAUGACCUUCUGGAAACCAUCUUAUAUAAAACGUCAUUACAUGUAUGGUCAGGAAAAUUGAAAACUGCUCAUAAAUUUCUCCAGGGUAAACUAAUGAAAACAAAAGAAAACACGUGGAUCCAUACCAAUUUGCAGCCAGUGGAUAAAUGUGUCUUAUGGUUGUCAUAUAUCAAUCUUAAAGAAUUCAAACAGCUACCUCCGCAGCUGUACAAUCCACAGAAACAGAUGGCAGGCAGAAUUGUCAAUAAGGAUAAACUGAUAAUUCCUUGGAACAGUUUACCCCAGUUAGGUUCCAAUGUUGAUGUUCUUAAAACCCUGAUGUUGAAAGCUGUGGAAGACUGUAUGACUUUGGGGAAAACAGUCCUGUCUAUAGAAAUUCUCUAUGUUAAUAUAUUCAACCUACUACAGUCACAACAAAGAUAUGAAGAAGCAGCAUCCCUGUGUCGUAAACUUUUGAUGAUGGAUCCUACAAUGAUAGAUAUUUGGCUAUGUGUGGCAGAGUUAUAUUCUACAUGUGGUGAUCCAGUAGCUACUAGACAGGUUUUUGCAGAUGCCUUGGCAGCUAACAGAUUCAGUGCUAAACUCAGUUAUUAUGCAGCUAGUUAUGAUAUUCAACAGGAGGAUAACAACAAGGCUUUAGAAGCAUUGGAGAUGGGUGCCAUCAAUUACUUUGAUGUAGAUAUUAAUGAUUCCAAGAGAUCUGACCCCAACCUGUUGUAUUGUACUUUACUAGAUGAGUCAGUGCCUCUACAGUAUAAGCCUCCUGAUUUCAAGGAAGGCAUCAUGCCUGAGUCUGUAGAGGAAGAGAUCGUCUUUGUAUGGAUGAACUACAGUUUGUUAUUGGAACUACAAGGAGACAGUACACAAGCUGUAGAGAUGUAUGAGACAGCUCUCAGUAAACUGGAAAAUGUUACAGAUAUUACAAAAGUUUGGACUAGCUAUUUACAAUUUCAUGCAAGACAAGUUCUAGAUAAUAAGACCAAUAAAGAAGCAGCCAAAACAUUUACCAGCUUGGUCUACAGGGCUGUCACAUCUAUACCUACCAAGUUUGACUGUAGAUUUGUGUGGGACAGUCAUUGGUAUAAUUACAAUCAUGUCAACACAGUCUUAGAUUUGUAUCUGAACAGUCUUCCUAAAGAGUUACUGCUGACGGAAUAUGAGAAACUUAUUACCAUUAUGCCUUCUAAUGUACAACUCAUUCUAAGGGCAUGCCAUGAAGCCAUAUCACAAGAUGACCUUCAGCUAGCGAAGAGUUUCUGUAAUGCUGCUAUCUACGACAAUACGGGCCACUUAUCACUGUGGAAGAUGAUGAUAUCGUUGACCGUCAAACUAGAGAAUAUCAGAGAGGCCAGAAAGUUAUACCAGAGAGCCGUCCAAGUUCUGCCUUACUGUGUCACCCUGUGGAAAGAUUAUCUGAUGUUUGAGGUUUCCCAUGGAUGUAAGGAGAUUGUACCACAGAUACUCUCUAGAUGUCAGGAGCUGGGUCUGAGUUUGGAUGAAUAUGUCAAUUUUAUUAUAAAGGUCAAAUAAAGGGUCUUUGUAAGCAAAUUGACAUUCUGGGAAUUCUGAUAUUCUUUGAGUCCAAGAUACUGCUAGAUAUCGUGAAUUUAAAAUGUGCAAAUGGAAGUGUAAUUUUUGUGUUUUCCAAAAAUGCUGCCAAAAAUUCCUCAAAAAGCACAGGUCUUUGUGCUAUAUGUGACGGAAACCGAUGUAUCAUAUCAAAAAUUGUCAAGUCGGCAAUUUGAUUCAAAAAAUAUCUAAGUAAAUGCCAAAACCAGCAUUUCAUCCUAUGAUUUCACUUGGUAAGUAUUAGAAUGGAGCCUUUGACAUUAGUUUUAAGAUUAAUUAUCAUAACAAUUAUCGUGAUGAAACUAAAAAGAAAAACCACCAAAAACAAUUUAAAGUCUUUGUUAAAGGCUUCAUUUAACUGGAGUGUAUUUUGUAUGUUGUUUUUCAUCUUUUUGUUUUUCUCUACUUAAUUUAUUUUUAUUUGUUGUUGUGCAUUAUGUUGCUACUUAGGGGAGAUUAAAACACUCCCAAAGCUUUGCUAAAGACAGGAUGUGGAAUUAGUGAACAGAACUCUCCAAGAUGGAAGAAGAAUUAGUGUAGUGAUGAACCAUCCAAACCAUUAGGGCAAAUUGUGCAUUAUCUCGAAAAAGGAUUUGCCAUUAGUUCUCAAUUAUGAAGAUAAUCCUUUUAGAUGCAACUGUGAUUAACGAACACUUUUGAAAUGAUGAUAAUGAAAUGUUGCUCUCAUCGUUAGGAAUAAAAUGGUGGCAGAUAGGAUAUAUGACAUCCUUCCUAUACCUAUAUGCAUGCUCAACCUUUGACACCAUUGUCAAUUUCAUAUUGUUCAUCAUGGUUGUAUUAGAUAUCGUUAAAAAAAUCCUAUUUCACUUGAACAGAGAAUCCAUAUUUCUUCCUUUAAAAAAGAGAAAGGAUAACUUAUGGUCAACCAUGCCAUACUCUUGCUGUUAACAACAACCAGUGAAACAAAUAUGACUGAUUGACAAGUUAUCAAAAAAAAAUUUUUGGUGACUUGAAUUUCAAGUCUUUAUAGAAUUUUGAAGCAUUGAUUUAGAGAUGGAGAGAGUGGUGUGUUGAAAAAAUGAAAAAUUUUAAUGAAAUUUCAGUUAUUUCAAAUUUAUUUUCAUAUCCAUUCUACUUGGAUUUUCUGUUCUGUGGAUUUCAUGCACCAUAUAUUUUAUAUCAUGUCUUGAAAUUUGCAAUAAUCAAGUCCCAGACGACUUUUAUACAUGUGAUAACAAAUAUUUUGCAAUUUUUUUGUUUUUUUUUUUGUUUCAUUUCAUACCAUGUAAUCUUUUAUGCAUAUUGUUACUUCUUUGUUUGUUAAAAUUUCUUAUUAAAUAAUCAAAUUGAA